UCAGGGGCCUCUUUCUCCAAUCUCCACCAACUCCCCCCGGCGAGGACGAGGAGAGGAGCUCCCAUGGCGGAGGCGGCACGGAAGCAGCGGAGCCCCGCCGCGCCGCGCCCCGUCCGCUGCAUCGUGAAGCUAGGCGGAGCGGCCAUCACGAACAAGGAGGAGCUGGAGAGCAUCGACGAGGAGAGCCUGCGGUCGGCGUGCGCGCAGCUGCGACAGGCCAUGUCCGACGGCACCUCCUCGGAGAAGGUUAUGGGGAUGGACUGGAGCAGGAGGCCCGGCGAUCCGGCGGACCCGGGCAUGGACGCGGAGGGGUUCGCGGGCAUGGCAGGGCUGGGCCUCGACAGCAACUUCGUAGUCGUCCACGACGCCGGUUCUUUUGGUCACUUCCAAGCAUGUAGAUCUGGAGUACAUAAAGGAGGGUUGCAUUCAACACUGGUGAAAGCUGGCUUUAUGGCUACAAGAAUUUCAGUGACUUCUCUCAACCAGGAAAUUGUUAGAACCUUGGCAAGAGAUAUCCAAGCAAGGAAGACAAAGAUAACGGGUGGAGUAAGAAGAAGAAAAGUGAGUUAAACGUGAACAAAAAUCCGUAAUGCUAUCUGACCUGCAUAAAGAUCCUAAGGGUGCAUAUUUGACAUGUUUGAUAAUACUGCAUCAUUAGAAUAUCUAUGCCUUCGAGUCCGAUUCUCAGACCUUGCAUUCUCCCGUUGCAACGCACGGGCUCUUUUGCUAGUUAUGCCUAAGUUAGUUGGUUAUUUUCUUGUGCCUCCAAAUGAAAUAGAAUAUCGUAUAUUUAUAUAAAACGGCACCCUCUCUUGGCAUCUA